UUGCAGGAGAAACAACAAUGGCUUACAACGGACCGCCGCGACACUUCACUGCUGAAAAUGUCGACAUGGGGACAACUCUCAUCGCAAUGGAAUUCGACGGUGGUGUUGUGGUUGGAACAGACUCAAGGACAAGUUCUGGGAGUUACAUAUCAUCGCGCGCUACAGACAAAAUUACACCCGUUACGAAUCGAAUGGUUGUUUGUCGCUCGGGCUCUGCUGCAGAUACGCAAGCUAUUUCUGAUAUUGUGAAGUACUACAUUGAAGUUUAUUCAAUGAUGGAAGAAGAAGACGUUACUGUUGGCCGUUCUGCUCAGAUCUUUCGGAAUUUUCUGUAUAAAUAUCGUGACUCUCUAUCAGCAUCAGUUCUGGUUGCUGGAUACGAUGAUGUUGAGGGUGGACAGUUGUAUGCAAUACCACUUGGAGGUUACGUAACUCGACAGCGAUGCGCGGCGAGUGGUAGUGGCAGUACAUUCGUACAAGGGUUUCUUGAUAGUCAGUGGAAGUCGGGAAUGACUGCUGAAAAAUGCAAGGAAAUAGUGCUCAAUGCAGUAGCUCUAGCAACAAUUCGUGAUGGUUCUUCCGGCGGUGUUAUUAGACUAGCUGUUAUUGACAAAACAGGCACUCAAAGAAUGCUUAUUCGCCCGGAUGGGAAUCAGUUUCCAAAAUUUGCUGAUAUCCCUGCACAUUUAACAUAUCCGAAACACAUUAUUCAGUGAUCAAAUUCUUGUUUGGGAUUGCAUGUGUUUUGAUGGGAAUCUAUGUGACGACCUGUGAAUAACACGUUUUCAACUAUUACGCAAUAUUAUAAGAUAGAUUAUGAAACAUGUAACAUUUUAGUUUACUGAAAAAGAUUUUUUUGCACGGAUAGUAUAUGAAAGGCGUUUUUGUUGAAGUUUAAUUAAUUGACUGUCUUUUGUUAUUUUGGU